ACCUUUUUUUAGCUCAGCUGUUGAAAAGCCAAUUAUCUACCUGUGAAGGGUGAAUAACACGCCACACACACGACUUUGGCAACACUUGUUUCUAGUCAGGAGUGGGAAGCCCUACGCAUCUGCAUCUGGGCAGCAUCGUCUCCGUGAAACUGCUAAGAAAACCUCAACCUGCAAGGCAUUAUUCCCAGCUGGAAGGCGAGACCUUGUUGUCCAUCACAAAAACCUAUGCACGAGUUGGCGGCGUGCUGAAAUGCGGAGUCUCGUCCUGGCGGAGUGGGAGGGCCACACUGGGAGAGACUAAUAAGGGCAGAGAUGCGUCCCCCGUCCCCACUCGGGCCACUCCUCGGCGGUGCGGCGGCCCUGCCCGGACUCCACGGCGCCUCCGAAGGGCUCUCCCACCAAUUCAAGAUUUGUGUCCACUUGUUCACAUGGUUUCAAGGCACAAUGAGGCGCACUGGCUCUUGGAAACUCUGGCUUUGGAUGGCAAUGUUCCUGCUUCCUGCUUCCACUUCCGUGUCAGUCAGGGACAAGCCAGAAAAAUCAUGUCCUAUACUAAGAACAGAGGGACAUCAGUUUAUACAAGACAGCAGGAAUAAACUUGAAGCCUCAGGUUUUGAUCUAGGAGAGAGAUUUUCUCUGAGACGUGCAUUUUGUGAAGGUGAUAAAACCUGUUUCAAGUUGGGAAGUUCACUUCUUAUUAGAGAUACUACUACAAUAUUUCCCACAGGCCUUCCUGAGGAGUUCUCUGUAGCAGCCACAUUUCGUGUACGCAGAAGCACCAAAAAGGAACGUUGGUUUCUAUGGCAAGUUUUAAACCAGCACAAUAUGCCACAGAUUUCUAUCGUAGUUGAUGGUGGAAAGAAGGUGGUGGAAUUUAUGUUCCAAGCUACAGAGGGAGAUAUGUUGAACUACAUUUUUAAAAACCGAGAACUGCGUUCUUUGUUUGAUCGUCAGUGGCAUAAACUUGGCAUCAGUGUACAACCCAGGGUCAUUUCGCUCUAUAUGGAUUGUAAUUUAAUUGUGAGCCGGCAGACUGACGAAAAGGACACCAUGGAUCUUCAGGGAAGGACAGUCAUUGCUGCGCGAGCGUCAGAUGGCAAGCCUGUGGACAUUGAACUUCACCAACUUAAAAUCUACUGUAAUGCAAACUUCAUAGCUCAAGAAUCAUGCUGUGAAAUAUCAGAUACCAAGUGCUCCGAGCAGGAUGACUUUGGAAGUACUGCAUCAUCAUCAGUAACAACUUAUGCCGGUAAAAUGUCUGCAUAUCUUCCAGCAAAGCAAGAACUUCAAGACUUGUGCCAGUGCAUUCCAAACAAGGGAGAAGCAGGAUUACCUGGAGUUCCAGGCUCACCUGGACAGAAAGGGAACAAAGGCGAGCCGGGUUCAGUUGGCAGUAAAGGUGAAUUUGGUGUUCCUGGAAUUCCUGGAGAAAAGGGUGAAAAUGGUUUACAUGGUGUUCCAGGCUUACCUGGUCAAAAGGGAGAGCAAGGUUCUGAGGGCAACAAAGGAGAAAUUGGUGAAAAGGGUGAAAAAGGAUCAAAAGGAGACCCAGGUCUGGCUGGCCUUAAUGGACAAGAUGGUCUGAAAGGUGACUUGGGUCCUCGUGGUCCACCUGGCCCAAAAGGAGAAAAGGGAGACAUGGGACCUCCAGGACUACCAGCCUUAACAGAUUCCCUAGGCAUGCAAGGCCCCCAAGGUCCACCUGGAAAAGAAGGUCAGAGGGGAAGACGAGGAAAACCAGGACCUCCAGGAAAACCGGGACCCCCAGGACCACCUGGACCUCCAGGAUUGCAAGGAAUACAACAGGCUUUUGAUGAACAUUAUAACAAGGGAAAUGGUGAACAUGGAGUUGGCAACCCCAAAGGAGAAAAGGGUGAAACUGGACUACCAGGAUUUCCAGGAUCUGUUGGCCCUAAAGGGCAAAAAGGAGAACCUGGGGAACCUUUUACAAAAGGUGAAAAAGGAGACAGAGGAGAACCUGGGACAGUAGGUUUACAAGGAGUAAAGGGAGAACCUGGAGAUCCUGGUCCGCCAGGUUUAAUAGGCAGCCCAGGACUAAAGGGUCAGCAAGGACCUGCAGGCAUCAUGGGGCCCAGAGGACCACCUGGAGAUGUUGGCUUGCCAGGAGAACAUGGUAUCCCAGGAAAACAAGGAAUUAAAGGAGAAAAGGGAGAUCCUGGUGGGAUUAUAGGCCCUCCUGGACUUCCAGGUCCAAAAGGUGAGGCUGGUCCUCCAGGGGAAAGCCUGCCAGGGGAGCCAGGUUUAGAUGGAAAUCCUGGAGCACCCGGUCCACGAGGGCCAAAGGGUGAAAGGGGACUGCCAGGUGUCCAUGGCUCCCCAGGAGACAUAGGCCCACCAGGAAUAGGAAUUCCUGGCCGAGCUGGCUCCCAAGGACCAGCUGGAGAACCGGGUAUCCAGGGUCCUCGAGGUCUCCCCGGGCUGCCAGGGACCCCAGGGAAUGAUGGAGCUCCAGGGAGGGAUGGAAAGCCAGGCCUGCCAGGCCCCCCAGGUGACCCAAUUGCACUUCCUCUCUUGGGAGACAUCGGUGCCUUGCUCAAGAACUUCUGUGGCAACUGCCAAGCCAAUGUCCCUGGGCUGAAAAGUAACAAAGGGGAGGAUGGAGGAGCUGGUGAACCUGGAAAGUACGAUUCCGUGACCCGGAAGGGUGAUAUAGGACCCCGGGGUCCUCCAGGAAUCCCAGGCAGAGAGGGACCAAAGGGAAGCAAAGGAGAGCGGGGCUACCCUGGAAUACCUGGGGAGAAAGGUGAUGAGGGUCUUCAAGGAAUUCCAGGCCUUCCAGGUGCUCCAGGCCCAAGUGGACCCCCUGGCUUAUUGGGAAGAACUGGACACCCUGGUCCAAUGGGAGCAAAGGGUGACAAGGGCAGUGAAGGCCCCCCUGGGAAACCCGGACCACCUGGACCACCUGGUGUACCAUUCAAUGAAGGAAACGGCAUGAGCAGUUUAUAUAAAAUCCAGGGAGGUGUGAAUGUGCCCAGUUACCCAGGGCCACCUGGUCCCCCUGGCCCUAAAGGAGAUCCUGGGCCAGCGGGAGAGCCUGGUGCAAUGGGAUUGCCGGGACUAGAAGGAUUUCCAGGCGUGAAGGGAGAUAGAGGCCCUGCAGGUCCCCCAGGAAUAGCUGGUAUAUCGGGAAAACCUGGUGUCCCAGGGCCUCCAGGAGUUCCAGGGGAACCGGGUGAAAGAGGACCUGUUGGAGAUAUAGGUUUCCCUGGACCAGAAGGACCCUCAGGAAAGCCAGGAAUAAAUGGAAAAGAUGGAUUACCAGGUGCUCAGGGCAUCAUGGGUAAGCCUGGAGAUAGAGGCCCCAAAGGAGAACGUGGUGAUCAGGGAAUUCCAGGAGACAGAGGCCCACAAGGUGAACGGGGGAAACCAGGCCUUACAGGCGUGAAGGGGGCCGUAGGUCCUGUGGGACCACCUGGAAGCAAGGGUUCCAUGGGCUCCCCUGGCCAACAAGGCCCUCCAGGCUCACCAGGUGUACCUGGCACUCCGGCUGAUGCAGUUUCAUUUGAAGAAAUAAAGAAGUAUAUUAAUCAAGAGGUCCUAAGAAUUUUUGAAGAGAGGAUGGCUGUGUUCCUAUCUCAGCUCAAGUUGCCUGCUGCAAUGCUAGCUGCUCAAGCCCACGGGAGACCCGGCCCACCAGGGAAGGAUGGGUUACCUGGGCCACCAGGAGAUCCUGGCCCCCAAGGCUACCGAGGACAGAAGGGAGAAAGAGGUGAACCUGGAAUUGGGCUACCAGGGAGUCCGGGGCUUCCUGGAACUGCAGCUCUGGGUUUGCCAGGAUCACCAGGUGUCCCAGGACCCCAAGGCCCCCCAGGACCCAGUGGAAGAUGCAAUCCAGAAGAUUGCCUAUAUCCUGUGUCUCCUGCCCAUCAGCAGACAGGUGGAAAAUGAACAAACACCUGUGGAAGAUUUGGCUCCUAGUGACACCUUCUUGCUAUUGAAGCUAUCUUGAUACUGGCAAACCUUCACUCAUGAUAUGUGGGUUGCUUUUUUUUCCUUUUUUCUUUUUGGUGUAGGCCAGACAUUAAAAACAGCAGUUUAAAUCCUAUACUAAUUUCAGAUGAGCAUUUUUAGGUUUUUUCCAAAUUCAUUCCAUAGGUUUUGCUUCACCAUUACUGUGAUUUUUGUUCAAAGUAUUAUAUGAAAUACACAAACAAAUCUUAUCAGCUCUUCUUCAGAAAGAAGUUUCAUCUUAUGAUUUGGUAGACUUACAAUGAUGUACAUUUCAUAGACUCAUCAACAUGUGUUUGGCCUUUGAUUUCCGAAUUUUAAAGUUUCAGACUCUUGUGUUUAAAUUUAUUAUCAUUGCUAAAAAUUUUGUUACCCUUUUUGCUAUAGUGCAUUGCUCCUGUUAAAUGUUUUCUGUUUUUUACAACUUGAGAAUUCUUAUACCAUCCUACUUCAGCCAAAAAGUAGAUAGGCAAUAAGAACUUCAUUCUUUGGAAAAAAUACAGGAGACUAUUUUAUCAGGAAGCUCCAAAAACACGAUAACAAACUACUGAAAUGAUUUAAUUCUUUAUCAUGAGCUGUAUUCAAAGCUAUUGGCACUGACCUAAACACAUACUGCAUGAAAAGAAACAAAUUCCGAUUGUAUAGAAGUUCCACGAGCAAAACUUAACGUCCUGUGGUCCCAUCACUGUGUUUCCCAUUUGGUAAAAACAGGAAACUAUUUCCCCUAAGCAGUGUUGGAUAGUGAAGGCACCAGGCUGUCUUUGGUACUCUUGAAGCUUAACUGGCCUGGCAGGAACUUUGGACCCCUCUUAUCCAGCCUCCUUCUGACCUCAUCACCCUCGGACUCUAAAACAAGAAACGACCAUCAAAACCAAGAAUGGGAUUUACAAUCCCUAGAAGAUGAAAGGGUGAUGUUAGCAAACAUGCACUGACAAGGUGAAACCCAAAAGCUCUCAAGGAGAAAUGGUCUUUCUUGCAAGGCUGCAGCAGGAGCACGACAAAGGAAAACCAUAGGACUGAACCUGCAGCCUGCACACAGACCAAAGAGUUAACACUCAUUUCAAAACUACAUCUUCCAAGGAAGCAAAAAUGCAAAGUCAUCAACCAAAUUACUAAAGGGAAUGUUCAUUGCCUGUCUGUACGUUAUUUAGGUAAAGUGUUGGCUGAAAACAAAUGAGAAUGUUGUUAAAAUCCAGCUGUGGGUUCCUGCCACGUUGAGAGCAAGACAACGGAGCCAUCCUGUUGUAGAAAUCGGUUCACAGCUCUCCAAGGAGCAGUGCAGAUUCCAAUUUGCCAAGUGCAGGGUAGGAUCUUCACUUUGGUCUGUUAAUUAAAGAGUGAGUUCAAAAAAGCAAGCCCACUGAAAGUGGACAAAACUAUGAACACAAAUUUGUGUCUAAGGGAGCAUGCCUAAAUGAAGAAAGGGUUUAUUCAAAUGCACCCAUGCUCUGAACUGGUUUUCAUUAUAGAUAAAUGAACUAACUGCUGGUCAGGUACUGUCUACAUGGUUGUGUGUACAAACAACCUUUUGGUUAUUUCAUAUUGAAUUUUGUUGUAUAUUUCAAUUCUGAGUUUAUUUAUUUUCCACGGUUAUUUUAUUUAAGUGUUUUAAAUUGAUUUUAUUCAUUUUCUUUCCUGUGCAAUACCUACAAUGGUGCUGUAUUUUAAAAUUACACAAUUGGAAUAUACAUGUUUUCUUAGUAAAAAUAAUUUAUCCCUAAAAAAUGUACAUAGAUCUAAAAUUUGGUGCUAUAUGUAUAUCUUGAGCUUAUAAUUUGCCAAAUUUUCUGAAAGCUUAGAAUUUGCUACUCUUAUUUACUUGAAUUUAUCAUAUAAACAUUAUGUUUUCAAAGGUUAUUUUUUCAUAGAUUGUUUAUCAUUUUAACUCUGCUGAUUCAAAAAUAUCUUACCAUUUUAAUAUUUUCUUGAACUGUUUUUCUGACAGUGAUCAAUGUAUUUUUUGAGUUGGUGCACAUACAUAACAUUUUGUUUUAUAAAUUCUGUACAUUUUUUACAGAUUAUGUCAUCCACCCUUUCUUACAAAUUGUAUAUUUAGAAUUCUUUUUUAAUUCCACAAAUGCUUGACUGGCUUAUUCAGGUGAGCUAAGGAGGAAAGCAGGAACAUUAGGUUGUGUGACACAUAUUACAAAGGACUAUUACAAUGAUUUAAGCUCUUUUUAUAAUUGGAACAUAUACAUAAAUCUGAAAUAACGAGAGAAAUAGGGCUAUGUGUGUAUGGAACAAGCUUCUCUCACCCUACUGUAUUAUUUACCUUCCACUAUUUUCUGCCCGAGUUUUCUACACAUGAUAUGCAACAAAGAGCAGCAAGAAACACUGGGUCCAAACGAUAAAGCAUCAAAUGAAGUGGAGAUUUGGCAGUUGUCCAGUUCCUUUAAUAGAGAGGGGGAUAAUCUGGGUCCCUAAGUAGGGUGGGAAAUUUUCUUCCAGAUAACUUAGUGGUUGCCAAAUCUCUUGUACCGUUGUGUUCCAUUCCAAAACAGUUGUUUACUUCCACAUAGAUAUCAGUGAUGUCCACAGCAGGGGAGAAUAACUAUCAAAUUUCCCAAAGUACCUCAUUUGUACUACAGACAACAUGUGUUUAAAUACAAAAUCAUGGCCAUGACGACAAUUUAUAUAAAAACUUGUUCAUGUAAAAGUAGUUUAAAUUCCAGCCUCAUGUUUUGUGCCAAGAUCAAUUAACACUUUCAGAUAGAAGUUUUUCUAUGCAAAGAAAAAAGUAUGGCUUCAAUUAGUGUUUAUGGCCUUUGGAAUCUAAAGAAAAAGGGAGUUUUUUCAGUUUUCUCAUUUUUUUUUUCUAAAUGAAGACUUUAACCACUACUCCAAACAUAAAGGAAACAUAGCCAGUCUUAACCUUUUGAAUAUUUUCACCUUGUGAUUAACAUAAGUUAAUUAAUAACCUCAGAAUAAUCUCAUGUUUAUUUCUGUAUUUCAUGACAUUGUUGAAACCUUAAAAUUUUGGUCAAUUACAGAAUUUAUAUUAAGAUAUUGUCUAUAAAAAUUAUUGUUUGAUUUAAGGUAAUUUUUGAAUGUUUUAGGCAUUAAAUAGGGUGUAGCUUUUCUGCAGUCUCAUCUGUUGGGAACCUAUGAUAUACCUCCUUUUGUCCACAAGAUGGUGUCUAAAACAAUUUUGUUUGGAAACUGAACAGAAUGGCAGAAAUACAAACAUAGGAACAGUUUAGUGGACAGCUCAAUCAGGCCCUUGCACUUUUACUUUUAUAAGUUUUUAUUAGUUUAUGGUGUUUUCUUCCUAACUUUAAGUAUAUUUGAAGCAGGCACAAUAGCCUUCGAAUGACAGUUUCAUUUUUUUCUCUUCAGUAGACACAUAAUUUAUUACCUAGUUAAUGUAUGCAUAUACUACUUGUAACUGUAUAACACCCUCCUAUUUUGGUGAAACCUGAGUAAUCAUUCUACCUUUUAGACAUGAUAUACUCUUUUGACAGAUGAGGAAAAGAGAGUUUAGCUUAUCACAAGAUGUGACAAUUUAUAAAAUUAUACACCAAAUUCCACAUGGUUCAAGGUACUUCAAAUUUUACAGUUAGAUUUGUGUGAUUGUGUAUUUUUCUAGAAAUAUGUACUUACAAACUAAAGAUUGGGAACAGUUUUUCAAAAUAUCAUUUUACUAACAGGAACAAUAGUAUCCUGAAACUGAGAAUUCUACAUUAAGUCUUAUACUGAGGUUCUUUUAAUGAAUCUUCAGAAUAGUUUUCGCAGAUUUGUUCAUUGCUUUUUUUCCUUAAGUUUUUUUUUUCACUUGUUUGUAGCCACCUUGUUAAGACACAAGUGUUUACUUUCAUGGUGUCCCAGUGUUGUUAUUCAAUACUUUAGGGUAUUAAAUAGCAUUGAGGCAUGCACUCCCCCUUUGGAUUUUCUCUACUCAUAAAGAUUAUGCUCCAAAGGGGAGAAAAUGCAGGAAAGAAUUCAAUUUGUAUUUUCAUGCCUAUGUACUUCAAAGUGACUUUUCCCAUUGAAUUGUGUUUGUUUAUUACUUGGCUGAUAGAAGUUGCAUUGAUUAAAUUUAUUUAACUACUAGGACUCUCAGGAAACAGAACAAACAGUUGUGUUCAUUUCUAUAUUCUGUGGUGUAGCCAGAGUAAGUGAUCAGUUUGCUUAAAUUGAGUGAAGCACUAGAUAAAGACAUAAAAAAGUCAUUCAGACAACUAGACCCAGCACAGUAAAAAUUUACCUGAAAGCUCAGACAGGCUUAUAACACCAAAACUAAGUCUACAAAAAAAAUUGAACUAGAAGAAAAUUUCAAGCUCAGAUUCAAUACUGAGUGAUUCAUGGUACAACUGAAGGAGUUAGCUACUUAAUUCAUGAAUUUGUCAAAAGUAAAUACUAAUGGGAGGUUUCCACUAAACUGAGGGAGUAGUUAAAUAAGAUUUAAGAUUAAAGUGUGUUGCUGAACCAUAAUAAGAUUAUGAGUGUCAAGAUUCUAGCUAUUUUAUACCAUUUUAUUUUGCUGACUUAUUUAAAGUAUAAGGAUUUUUCAGUGUAUUAAUGUAUUUAAAUUCAGAUUGCAUUAUGGCAUAUUUUGUGACUUUAUUUUUAAAGGGUAUGUAUUUUCUAUUGUACCUCAAACUAUUUAGAAUAAUUCAAUAUAUUCAAUGUUAAAUGCAAUGGACUAGUUUUAUUCAGAAUGCCAUGUGGAUAUAAUGCUUUGAGGCCUUGAUUCCUCUAUGUUCAUCAUGCAUAAUGAGCUUGUCGCCUAUCUCAGCAAUAAAGGAUUUGACCUUCAAUCAGGGAAUUCUAGGGGGCAGUCAUUCAUGCUCUGUCUGCUCUUCACCACUUCUUGUGGCUGAAGCGCCACCUGUCAGUUCCAUUGUGUUAGGUCUCAACCACAGCAGUGCCCCCAGAGUGCUCUCACGCAAGAGAGAAGUCCCACAGGUGUCCAGUGAACCUAGAAUUCCUCUAGUUGAGGAUCCAUGGUAGUUAUGAUUUUGCCUGCAACAUGAAUCAUUGCUCACCUUGCAAUAAAAUUUUUACCCAUCUCCUUGGCAGCUCAUAACGAAUCUCAUCUAAUGAUUGUAGAUAAGAAUUAUAAGCACAAACAAAGAUCAAAAAGAAGCAAGUCCUUUGUGACUUUUGUCCUCCCAAAGUGAUGGCCUCACUAAAAAUAUUUGAGAUUCAUUAUUGCAGAAGUCCCUGAGAUAAUAAAUAUCACACUUAACUUUUCUUAAAAAUAUAAGCUCUUAAAUCAUUAGUGAUAAGAAAAUAGGCAAUAAGUAGUUAAAUACAUAAGCACAUUUUCUUAACAGAAGUUAAUUACGUCAAAACAUGCCAGGGGACUUAUGUGUCUAUUGAGACCAGGUAAUGACUCAGCUCUCAACUAUUCUCUUCAGGUCCCCUUAUGAUGAAGUAACUGGGUGCUCUCCAAGGAAUGUUGUUUUUCAUAUACAAAUUUAACUUGUAAGCCAAAGACAUUCAAAUAAAUCUGAAAAAGAAACUAAAAACCUGGUAGCAGGUUUUCUUCAUUUGUUCUCUGCAGUUAUUCAUAGGAAACUUGGAGUGCACAGCAAGGUGCAAAGGCUGACAAGCAGAAUGUUCGAAUGAAUUGCCAUUUAUCAGUCAGCAUCUUCUUGCUGAUACCAGAUCAAAUACGCGAUGCUUCCUCCAGUUGAUUGAUUAAAGAGCAUUUAAGCAUGUCAUUUAUUCACAGGUAGCAUUACACUUAGCCAGUUUGAAUCAAUUUUUACUGAGCCAUAUGUACUAUAACUGUAAUGUUCAAGAUCACACAUUCACUAAGAAAGAGUAAGAAUACAAGUGAAAAAUAUUUUACUAUUUGAAAAAAAAGACAAGCUAUGUUUCUUAAAAAUAUAUCACAUACAGUCAUCAUCCAUUUGUCAACAAGAAUACUAGUUUGCCAGUGCUAUGUGUUUUUGAGAUUUUUUUUUAUUCUUUCCAGGGCUACCAGAAAAUAUUUUAAAGUAAUUUUCAUAUUUGGAGUGAUUUUAUGUAUCGCUAGUAAAAUUUUCACAUGUGUUAGUUUAUUUUUAAACAGAUUUUUGUACUUUAAACAAACCAUUAUAGCUCAACAUUAAUAAAAUCAGAGGUCAACUUUCUAAAUGAGAAAUUUGUACAGAGCUCAUUUCAGGUUACAAAUGAAUCAGCUUUUAUUAAUGAUGUUUAAGAAUAGUUACACUAUUAUUAUAUAUACUUAUAUAUAUACACUUAUAUUAUUAGCUUGAAAAUAUAAAGGACCCAUAAAUAAUUAAAUCAGUCAUUAAACUUGGUAGUAGUACUUGUAUUCAUACUCUUCCACUAGAUAGAAGUCAAUUACCCCAAACUAUGCCAGGGAAUUUAUGUGCUCAGACUGGGAAGUGAUUUCCAUAGUUCUUUACCAACCUGACAUCUGGGGUGAAAGUCAUAUGAUACUGCCAUGGAAGCACUGACUAGAAAUAAAUCAAAAAUCAUUUGCCCUUGAUUAAUAUGCCAAAUUCUAACUAACUAUUUAUAUGCUUCUCUCUUGGAGAGUGCUUGAGUUGUCACUUCAUCAACUUCUUAAAAUAUCUCAGAAUCUGGAAAUUGUGCUAGUAGAAAUAUAUGGUUGAUCUAAUUCAGUAUUUAUCAAUUGUCUUUAAUGGAGUGGAUUUAUUGGUCAAUUUUCUUUGCAAUUUCUCAAGUGUUUGUUUCUGUAAACUAUUUCACUUAAUUAAAUGUAUAAUUGAUUGUUCCCACCAUUUGGAAAGUGCUAGUUUUACAUAAUCUAUUUGUAAGUGGUAGUUUCAAUAUUGCUUACUGUAUUCAUGGAGCUCAUUGUCAUACAUAUAUAUAUAUAUAUAUAUAUAUAUCAGGUUUGUAAAACAGUUAACUAUUCUUUGAAAUUUUAUUUUUUUAAUUUUCUUAUGAAUUAUAGAACUGAGAGACAUGUUUCAUUAUCUGAUUUUUCUUUUGUUUUAUUAUGUCACUCCAGUGCAAAUAAAAGCACUUUGGUCAAA